GUACGACAUACGCGUGUUCCGUACGAUUUUUACCGCCAUGCCUGAUGAGUAGUCGGGGAAAAAACGACGGAUUCCGAAUGUUUCGUGCAGUGUUAUUUAUCAAAAAAGGCAGUACUCAUUUCGUUGAUUAGAUCGCGGACACAAUCGAAUCGUAAACGCAAGUGCCGCAGGGGCGAAAAACAGAGCAAGAAUAGUGCGUUGCGUUACAGGCGAGCACAAAGCCGACGACGAGUGGCGCGUCUGUGAGAACGAGUCUCCUUGGUGAGCGUGACGUAAUUGUAUUGAUCGCGCGGAGGAAGGGCCCGAAAGUCGCGCAUUCGCCAUCUUGGACGAAUUGUGGAAAAGAAGUUUCUGUGUCCUGUAGGCGCGGUGCGAUUCUCGGAAGUGUAAUCCGCGACAAUCCGUGCGUUAUAUAGUUUUAUUGGAAGUUAAUCCUAUUGUGAACUGGUAACCCAUUUGGACGGACCAAGACAAAGGGUUCGUUCUUUGGGUCUGAUUAGUACUAAAUGGUUGCGUGCAGACAGCAUGUCUACUCUGUCAGGGAUUGUGUCGAAGGGGGAGAAAGGAAAAUCCAAGUUUCAAUCACUAGAUAUCAAUAGCUUGUAUCGGGUGAGUAGGGGCGAAUCUUUGGAACCACAUCAGCAAAAAAAUACAUUACCACGCAAACAUGGAAUGCAAAGUCUUGGAAAGGUGCCUUCGGCACGGCGUCCUCCUGCUAACUUGCCCAGUCUAAAGAGUGAACAUAGUAGCAGUGAUCCAGCUGUUAGUCUUGUGCCAAGUGGUGGAAGUGGUUGGGCUACUACUAAAGAUUCAGUAUCAUCGACCACUACUACUACCACAGUAGCAGCAACUCCACUCGAUAACACUACUACUGUAUCUUCAACAGCACAAUGCGCAGCAGGGACUACUGUCUCAACAUCCCUACACUCGCUAUUACCGGGUCAGCAAAAUGCUUCACAAUCUUCGUUUCUGGACCAGUCAAACAAAUCAUCAUGGAGCGCAAUUAUGAGCAGAGCAGGAGACGGUACGCCCAUUGUGGCAGCAGUGGUUGGUUACGCGGGGCUCGUGGGGGGCGCGAAAGGGGGAAGAGGUGCCCUUGGACUGAGUUUCCUCGCCCACCAGUCCCCGCAGUUCCAACACGAGUUUCCCAGUCUCAGUGGACAGCCCUCUGCCUCCGUCUCCACUCAGAGCCAGACUCAACAGUCCUCAACAACAUCCAAUGCACUCUCAGUCGCAGUCCAUCAUUCGUUGCUACAGCAACAGCCAUAUGCCCACAACCACUCAGGUGGCACACCAGGAGGCCAACAACAGUUGAAUCGGGAGUUAAAUGCGCAGUAUGGCCCAGGACCAAGCUUGCGUCCACAAACCGAGGGAAGCUGGAUUCAAGGCGGAAGUCGUACGGCAAGCGGUGCAGCACCAGUAACACCAGCUGGUUCCGGAGGUGGGAAUACUCCGGCGGGCCAGGUCCUCCCUUUGAAUGUACCUGGUUCAGGAGGGCAUACCCAGGAGGGACCCGGUGGAGGGCGGCAGAACUUGGCCCAAUCGCCCAACAUGGGCGUGGCCCAGGCAGGCCAGCAUAAUGCCGCGAAUAAUCAAGGCUCCGUACCUCCUUCCGGCUCCCAUCAAAUUGGGCCAAAUAUGCACCACUUUCGGGGACUUAUCCCACCAUUUAUGUAUAGAGGAAAUUUUCCCGGUGCAUUUCCUCCGCAGUUUCCAUCAAAUUCUGGAGCCAAUAGUCCCAGACCUAGAUUCAGUCAUCCUCUGGAUCGACUCCCGCCUCCUCAACGCGAACGCGUGGCUGAGGAAGAGAUUAUAACUAGACCUAUCAUCAAGGAAGAAGAUCUUACUCGUAUGGAUGAUAUUUCACGUGACGCAGGAUGGGCCGCGCACGAUGAUAUUGAUUAUAACCAAAAAUUGGCCUUUAGCGACGAUGAAACCGAACCAGAAUCAGCAAAAACUGACGAAAAGAAAGAUAAGGAGAAAAAAAGCGGCGACGACAGUGCCGUCGAGGAGAAGGAGAAGCCCAGAGACAGUCGUGACUCAAAGGAACUUCGAGAUCCUCCGUCGCAUCGCCCUUGGAAUCAACCUUCUAUGAAUCGCGAUUAUCGUGGAUCAAAUGGCGCCAGUGGUGGCAGUGGCUACGUUGCCCCCUCGCAAUUGCAUUCUGUGCACUCUUUGCGAGGUGUCGAAGAUGAUGAGACGUGGAACGAAAGACGUAGACUCAAGGUCGAAGUCGCAUCUGUUGUUGAACGUGCACGACAACGCAAGGAAGAAGAAGAGAAGCGUUUCCAGGAAUCGACUAAACAGGCAGCAGCUAAAAAAUUACAGGACUUAGAACAAAAGUUAAAGGAGAAACAGGCAAAGCACAAAGAUGAGGAACGUGCACAGUCUGGCGAACCCAAAAGCUUGAUUACCGCUCCUCCUGUACCUCUCCCUAUACCCGAAUGGGAGAGAGAAAAGGAGAAUAGAGAGCGCGAAAAUCGAGAGCGUGAUCGAGAGCGGUCUCGCACCUCGUCCGAAGGCAAAGAUGAGAAGUCUGUUGGACGCGAUUCUCGCGAAUCACGCGACAAUUUGCGCGACGGCAGAGAUCAAGGAUUGGCGGAUUUCCGUCAAAAUGAUCGACAGAGCUUCCUGCGACAACAGGAUUCCGUGCGCAGUGAGCGUGAAAGAGAACGUGAUCGCGAUCGUGAUCAGAGAGAUUCGAGAGAUCGCGAGCACUCGUUCUCCCGACACUUUCAGAACAACUUGCCGCCUAGAUUUCAAAAACAGCAAGCUGAGAGGAGCAAUGCGAAUUUCAGCCGGAUUUCACCCAGCGCUGAGAGAUCCGCUUCUCAGUCUGUUCCGUUCUCUCAGCAGUACGAUCCUGGCAGAUGGCUUCAUAAUUACAAUUCCUUGAAUAAUGGUAUGAAGCCAUCCAUGCCACCACAACGUCGCAGCAGAACCGACUCGGAUGCGUCAGCGCCGAUGGAUGAUGAACGACCUCCGUCUCGAGAUCAUCGCGGUGGUGCGCCACCAACGAGAGAAGAUCGUUAUCGACAUUCUUCACACCGGCCGUAUGAGAGUCGUAAACCAAGCGGCUACUACGACGAGUAUAGCCGUAAUUUCCGCGAUUAUGAAUACGAUGACAGACAUCCUCGCGAUUCUUGGGAACGUGAAAGACACUUCGACGAUAAAGAACGCGAUUCAAAGGAGAACCUGGACUCGAGAGACAGAGACAACCGGGAUAAUCGGGAUAACCGAGAUAAUCGGGAUAACCGAGACAGCCGGGAUAAUCGAGAUAACCGGGACAAUCGGGACAACCGAGACAAUCGGGACAACCGAGACAACCGGGAUAAUCGAGACAACCGGGACAACCGAGAUGUUCGCGAUGUCAAAGACUCUCGUCCUACCAACCGUGAUACUCGGGACGUGAGAGAUAUGCGCGACCGGGAUAACAAGGAGAAAAAGGAUUACGACAAUUACUCAAAGGACUCUUUCGACGAACGAGAGCGCGAACAGAGAGAACGACCUGAGAGUUCAGAGUGGCGUGAAGAACGCAACUUGGGGCAAGACCGACAGCUCGAAGUCGGACGUCGCGACGUACCGAAAGAAGAACGCAGCGAACGUCCACAGAGACCGGACUCACGCGACAGUCGUGCCUCCAGAGAAUCGAAAACAUCUUUACGCGACGACGAUUUACACAAAUUGCGCGACUGCAAUUCCUGGGUGAGCGAGAUGUCGGAUUACGAAGAGAAGAAACGAGAUUUGUAUCACGAGGAGACUAGGGAGAGAGAAAGGGAACGGGAUCGUGACAGAGAUAGAAGACAACCUCCUGGCCCAGUCACGAAAGAAAAGAUCGAGGCGGACGAACUCAAGAGUGAGAAGCGUAAUCUCACUCAACUGAAGAGAGGCAGUUCCGAUCAGGAGAAGAAGGACCAGCAACCGAAGGAGAUUUCUGUCGAAGCGAAAAAAGAGGCAGACGCGUGGAUCAGGAAAACUGAGCGCACUUCGGAGAGCAGACCGAUCGAGCGAGGUGACAAUUCACCAAAAGCAUGGGCAGAUGCAAUAUCGCCGACUUUCGAGAAAGAGGAGGAGAAGAUAGCGGAAGCCGCUAAGGACCUCAAGGAAAACGACGAGAUUAUGAAGCAAAAUUCGUUGGAUAAACCUGUAUCGGAGAAGAGGGAGGAAACCGUAGUUGAGGAUGUCAAGGAGCAGCUCAAGGACGAGAAGCGCGAGAAGAAUACACGCAACAGAACUAGCAGCGGCAGUUCUAGCUCCAGAGUACGGGAAGCCCGUGGUGGACGUCAGUGGGGAGUUUUCAGCGUGUACACUCGCGGUUGGCGCGGGCCGGAAACCAGAGGUCGAAGGAGCGGUCCGCGACCCGCCGGCAAGUCCGGCUUGUCCAGCAAGAGCGGUUCCUACGGACAUAGCGACUCGGAGAACAGCGCCGACGAGGUAUCUGGCUCCACCGAGUCGGGCAAAGAGGACAAACGUUCGGCACGCUCGCCGAAACCGUCGCAGAAGCUCGAGAAAGAAGAUCGCAAUCGCGACUUGUCGAGACGCGACGAGAAGCGAAGUGGUGACUAUUCACAGUCACGCAGCGAGAAGAGAACCUACGACGGGAAACCCAGUCAUGAAGCCUUUGCGCCCUCGGGCGAGCCGUCUCGUCGUGGUAGAGGCGGCUUCCGCAUUCGAAACACGACGACGGGCAGUCGUAUGGAGGGUUACGGUCCGCCGUCCAGCAAGAGCCCAUUUUCGUCGGAACGCAACGCGGACGAAAAGCAUCAGCAGCAAACCUCUGGACGGCAGAACCCGCCAACGCCGACCUCGGAGAAGGAAGUCAAUCUUAUGCAAUCCGCUUCAAGCGAGUCGGCCGAUGACAAAAUAAUCGCCAAGCAACAAGCGCUCACGGCUGGCAUCACGGGUAGGCGCAAUAAAUCACCGAGUCAGCAAGCUCAGCAAGCCGGUAGCAAGCAAGAGGCGAAUCAGGUCGUCAACGCGCCGUCGCAGAAAGUGCAGAUACGCAAGGAAGAAUCACGUUCCAAGAGAACCCGUAGCGGAAGUAGAAGGGGGAGGGACAAUCGUUUGCGCGGCAGUAGCAGCAACGUGUCGAAGCAAACUCAGUCGGACGUGGGCAAUGAGGAUUGGGAAACUACGUCGGAAAAUAGCGAGGAGCACGUGGAGGAUCAUAAGGAAUCGCGUAACAGUCGCAAUAAACAUUUCAGCGGACGAGCUAUUCAAGGCACGAACCAAAACGCCAUUAGCUCGAACGCGCACUCACGCCGAAGCGAACAGUCAUCGAACAACAGAGAGCAACGUGAAAAGAGUACCAAGUCUUCCAAUCCGGCAUCGCGAGCUCCUGGUGCGGAAAAGCGGAAUCUGCAGAAUGCUGGAUUCAGCGCUCAGAAGAAUCAUACCGACAGCAUCCCGCCGCUGAUGCAAAACGCUCAAGUGCAGAACGGUGGAAGAUCCAGAAGUCAGAGCUCGACCAACAACGGUACGAUUUCGAAUAAGUCAAGUAACAAGGAUAGCAUGGUUAAUCGUAUCGACGAGAUCAAGCUGGCUGAUCCGAACUUGGUGAAUCAAGCGCUGAGCGACCUCAGCAAGAAAUCCCAGACGAAGGACAAGAAGCUGAUCGAUCCCGAGGUCGAGACGAACAACUGCACCGAGGAUGUCGCGAACGUCUCGGAGGACAAAUUAGACUCCGACGGUUUCCAGGAAGUGCGGUCGAAGAAAAACGUCAAGGAAUCCAGACACAGUCAAAAGGAAGAAGCGAAACCCUCUGCCAAGAGAGAUAAAGAAAAAGAGCGCGAACGCGAACGCGAUCGCUCCAAGACGAAGACGAACGGUUCGCAGCAGGUCUUGCAGCAGGUGCAAAAUAUACCACCCUUGCUCGGCCAGAAUAUCCCCCAGCCGGCUAACAUGCCGCAGAAGCAAUACGACAAUAGAAACCCGAGGAAUCCGAGACUCGCUCCGCGAUUCCAGCGUCUGGUGAAGCAACAGCAGCAGCAGCUGUGCUCGAACGAUGCGGCUGACAUGAACAAACUAAAUAAUUCCGGUAGUAAUUACGCUAAGGACUCGCCCAACAGUCCGGCGCCUCCGCCGCCGGUCAACGCAUGGGACAAACCGUUCACUAGCCAAUUACGCUCGAGUUCACCGUCUGCAGUUCCUACGGACAUCCAAUUGAUGUCCGGUUUAGCAGCUCAAAAUGAUCACAGCCACGAAGGCAACGAGGCUAACUCCGGCCACAGUAGCCAGCGAAAUUCGCCGAGCGGCGAGAAAACUAGCAAGAAUCUGAAGGAGACUCUGGCGGAGAAGAACGUGUCCGACGUGUCUUCGCCGCCUGUACAGACCUUGAUUUUCGAGAACACGAAUUAUUCCAAGACCACCAAGACAAGCGGACCUGCGGAUCUGGCGGUCAAGUCGAAGUUCUCGAAUCACAUAAAAACGCAACAACGAGCCGAGAAACGCGCGGAAAUAGAGGAAGACGGCGGUCAGGUGCAGCAGCAUCAGCAACAGACGCUUUCCGUCGCGUUCUCCAACAAACCAAACGACCUGAUAAAGGAUAAGAAUCAAGAACCUAUCCAGAUGCCGUUGUCGUUCAACAAGAAUGAAGACAACGCCGACAUGAAGUUGGAUUUCACGUUCGACUCCGACCUCUCGCAAUUGACAGAGGACAAGAGCAAGAGCCUCGGUAUGGCACGCUCCAUGCACAUGGCUGGUGGCCAAAGCACAAUAUCGCCGUCGACCGCGGAGCUCAACCUCAAGAUCGCGUCUGUGAAAAAGGUCUGGGAAAAUGCACCUCCGAUGCCGACUGUGGUGGAACAUGAAGAUGGUAGCGUGGUCAGUAGCGCGACCAGCUUCCCGCAGGCGUUCGAGAGCGGCGACGUCGACGACAGUUACAGCCCGCACCAGCAGUACAGUCAGAAUAAUAUGAAAAGUGAAAUUACAACGUCCACGAACGUGUGCAAGCUGGUUCCCCCGCAGGUGAAGCCGCAGCAACAGUCGUCAGGCAGCAGUGGCACGCAACCAGGAUCUACUGUGCCCGGACCGAGUCCUAUUGGAGCCGGUCAGAGUCCUAUCGGCCACCCACCCGUUAGUCUUCAAGGUCCUUUAAGUCCGCCUCCGUUCAAUUCCACAGGCCAGCCUUCACACAUUAAUUAUCAAGAAUUCCCGCAAUAUCCUGGCUCACAAGCGGCGCAGUAUGGCAGCAUGUCGGCUAUACCAUCGCCACCGGCUGUGUUGUUUAACACAGGUUCAGGGCAACUGCCGGCGCAAGCAGGCGGUUUAUACGGAGCUUUCCAAUUGGAUCAGAGCAGAUCGCCGUUUACACAGUAUCCGCCUUAUGCUCCGUCUCUACAAAGCUCAUUUAGCCAGCAAAACGUGUACUUGCAGCAGCCACCACCACCUCCGCCUCAUGCGCCGAAUGCUCCCACACCGGAGAUGUACCAGAGCAAUUUGUCACAGUAUCGUAUCACUGCAGCAGCUGCCCCACCAUUUGGGCAGAACCAACAACUUAGUAACAAUCCCAAUACGGUACUUAUCAGUUCGUCGUCAAAUUCUCUAAUGUCAGCCAGCGUGAAGCCCUCUUCUCAGCCUAUUGGAGCUAUUGGAACUAAAGCGCCACAUUUCCAAACCCCAUCGGCUCCUCAACCAAAUCAGUUGACUUACAUACCGUACGACCCGAAUCAAGUGCUCAGUGUAAGCGGCAGUUACAUGGGCAAUUCGCAAUUAGUGCAGAGGCCCGGUCCAAACGUUCAAGCGUCUGCCAAUAGUUACUACAGCGCUACAUCUGCGGAUGUGUUUCCGGGGUCGCAAACGGGUUUCUAUCAAUCCGGCGGCGCCACCCAGCAAACCGGAACGCAUUACGGUCUGCAAGGGUUCGGUCAACACAGUCAAAGUUUGGCAACGGGUAGUGCAACUCCAGUUGGUCUGCAGAAUUAUGGCCCAGGAUUCUUAUCGAGUUCCGGAUUGCAAAUAGCCGCGGCGGCUCAGCAAUUUCGCAAUCCUACCGGUGGUUUACCGGGGCCAGGGAAUGCAGCACCCACGUUUCUAAGUAAGCACCAGCCGCAGGAGCAACCUCGGCAAUUGAAGAGCCCAUCGGGCAAUCAACAGGAUGUGCUCGCUUCAGUUUUUAGUUCGACUCCUCAAAUACCGUCACCUAAAUCGAGGAAUUGUAAACAACAAUCCUCGUCACAACAACCACAACCGAGCCCUACGCAACAUCACAAAUAUCCACAAUAUCAGGGCGUUAGUCAGUCUGCUCUGGUAAGCAGCUACAGUAACUACGUUUUGCAACAAAAUGUGCGUGGAAUGGGUAUGCCACCUCGUGCAGGUCUUCAACAGUCACAGCAACGUUAUCCACCCCCUAUACAACGACCUGUGGUACCAUUUGCGCCAGGUCCAAACCCAAAUAAUCCCACGCAACAGCAACCUACUUGUAUGCCAACACAGCAGCAGCAGCAGGCUCAAAUCAACCGUCACAGGCCGAAUUUACAUCAACAACAACAGCAACAACAGCAACGCAACAUGAAGAUGCAACAACAAUAUUACUCACCGCAAGGAAACGUCAAAAUGGAUUCAAAUGACAAAACUGAUAACCACAAUGACAAAAUGAACGAUGGUCCUUCUGGAACACAAACCGGAGCUAACAAAUCUAAUGUGAACCAGCAAGAUAGUGAUAACAAUAAGGAAGAAGUGAAUCAGCAAAACGAGUGAACGAGUGAAUAUAGGUGAAGGUGAACACACUUGUUCUUCCAUUUGUGGAAAAACAUCUUUCCUCGAUUAAACAUUUGAUAUAAUCUCAUCGACAAGGGCAAAGACUAACGUGCUUGUUUUUCGUGAAAGAGAAAGCGCGCGAUGUCACAUGAUAAAAUUCGUUUAACUGCGAAAUCACGUGCUUACAUAUUCAACUAGCAGUUAAAUAGAUUAAAAAAAAUCUGAUUUUUAUGCUGUAUCGAAGGAAAGAAUUUAUAGGAAGGUAACAUUAUUUAUACGCACUUCCUAUUCUUUAGCUAUAACGGCAUAAACUUUUCGUUUCUGUGAAUUCGAAAAGAUGUUUAUUAAGCAUUUCCACCAUAUAUUAAAUAAUAUUCGAAUAUACGUGAACAUAUUUAAGAAUAAUAACAGCAGAGUUAAUUACGAGCGUGGAUACCGCUACAAGAAAGCUUGGGGAAGUGACAUAACGAAAUUGUCGCGUUACGUUUGAAAACUUGACUCAAGGAAAAAACGUGCCGUCGUCGAAUGGAAUGAUGAAUCGAUGAAUUACAGAGACGAAAGUCGUUAAUAAAGAAAUGUUCUUCUGUAUUGAUGUAUGAUAAGGAGUUUACGUUCCGUGGAGUUUACGUAUCUGUGGAAAGUGAGUGCACAGACUUUAUUAUAUAUAUGCAUAUAUAUCUCUCUGUACCCAGAUCAGGAUCAGUUUGCAGCAAGAUGAUAAUGCACGUCCUAAGACGCACGGCGCACGUUUUCUUGAUCACGUCGCAAGGAAGAUUAAGAGAGAGAGAGAGAGAGAGAGAGAGAGAGAGAGAGAGAGAGAGAGAGAGAGAGAAAAUGAGUGAGAGGAAGCAGUUAAAAUGAAAGGAUAUUAUGGUUAUCGUAAUUUCAUAAUGUUGUAACGGAGGAACUAAUGAAACAUGCGGCGGUAUAAAUAUCCCCCUGUUUAUCCGAACAAUAAGGGAACGAAAACGACACCUACCGAUUGUGAACAUACGAAUCUACGCAUACCUAUGUCGCACCUAUGUAUCGCGACAAGGGAAAGCUAUGUAUAUUGAUCGUUUUGUCGAUGAUGCGAGGUCAUGACGAAACUUGUGCGACAGAAUAGAAAACUGUUGUUUAUAGGUAUCGCACAAAUCAUCAUGAUCUAGCUUUAUUCACGACGAGUAUCAAUCAUUAAAAAUAUAUAAUAUAAGAUAAUGCUUGUGAAGCGCGCGCGUGAAAAGCCAUUACACGGAUAAACUAACGUUCGGGAACUUUUCACGCUUAGACAGAUUAUGUUGGACAACAAUCGCAAUCUAUACCUAUCACAACGUAUGAAAAGAAAAAAAGAAUGAAAAUUGUAUAUUCUCUGCUUUCGUUGCAGUUAAAGCUUUGUUAUAAAGAUAAAGCCCAUGAAAAUAAAUAGUAGUAUUCACAGGAGACUAUCGUUGCCCGAUUUAUUGAGCAAAGAUAGCGUGGCCAUGCCCAUCUCGCCCGGUUUUCGAGAGAAAUCUGGGCGCUGUUGAGAUAAUAGGAUGUUAACCGUCAACAAAAACACAAUAUACUGCCAGUCGUACCGACGACCACUAUCCUUGAAUUCUGAGAAUUUUUCAUGUCGUAUUCGUGAUAUGUCUGUGUGAAUAGUGAAACAUAUAUUAGAAGAAGAGACAUUUAACACACCCAUACGUAGGCUUGUUAAAAAUUUAACACACUUAAAUGAAUUUAGGAUAUAUCGACUAGAGAAAAGAUAAGGUUACGAUUAUCCCUUUUAUCCUGAUAACUUUUCUCCGAAGCGUUGAGAAUUUAAAGAAAAUUACUAAAAAAAGAAGAAAAAAUUAAUAUAAUGUAAAUCAACAUGACAAAGUCACGAUACAUGAAUUAGAAACAUGGCUGCAAUUCUUUUGUUGUCACAAAGAUAGAUUUAAUUCUUGAUAAAGUCUCUCCGAGUGGCAUGUGGGCAACACAUACAAUAUUUUAGAAAAGAAAAAAUGCUGUUGCAGUCUCAAAGAUUACUGAAUUAGUAGUAAAUGCUUCUCUCUUAUGUUAUCAUCUUAAUUUUCUGGUACUCGCUUAACAUACUCUUAUCGCUAAAUAUAAUACAUAAUUUAUCGCUAAAUACGGUAUAAGUAUACUAUAAUUAAUUCUGCCACCAGUAUGGUUAUCAAGAACACAAUAAAAUACGUGUUUUAUGUGAUCCAUUGACAUUUUGUUUGAAACUAAGAUUCAGGGUGUUUGCAUCUUUAAAAACAUUCUCACUUUUGGUGUUACUUCAGUGACUGGCUAUAUUAAA